AUGGGAAAUCACUCCAUUGUAACUGAAUUCUUUCUGAUGGGGCUUUCCCGAUACCCAGAACUGCAGCUUUCUCUGUUUGUGCUCUGUCUCAUCAUGUACCUGAUAAUCCUCCUGGGAAACAGCUUCCUCAUUAUUAUCAGCAUCCUAGACUCCCGCCUCCACACCCCGAUGUACUUCUUCCUUGGGAACCUCUCAUUCUUGGACAUCUGUUACACCUCAUCAUUCAUCCCUUCAAUGCUCAUCACAUUUAUGUCUGAGAGGAAAUCUAUCUCUUUCAUUGGCUGUGCACUGCAGAUGGUUAUCUCCCUCGGUUUGGGCUGCACUGAAUGUGUCCUCCUCGCUAUGAUGGCCUAUGACAGGUAUAUAGCCAUCUGCAACCCUCUGAGAUACCCCAUCAUCAUGAACAGGACACUCUGUGUGCACAUGGCUGCUUGGUCUUGGAUCAUAGGCUGUCUGUUCUCCUUACUGCAAACAGUGCUAGCAAUGGUGUUGCCUUUCUGUGGGAAUAAUGUCAUUGAUCAUCUUACCUGCGAAAUCCUGGCACUACUUAAACUUGUCUGUUCAGAUAUCACCAUCAAUGUACUUGUCAUGACAGUGGGAAGCAUUGUUUUGUUGAUGCUUCCUCUGCUGUUAAUUUUCAUCUCCUACGUCUUUAUUCUCUCUUCCAUACUGAGGAUUAAUUCUGCUGAAGGAAGAAAGAAAGCCUUUUCGACCUGUUCUGCUCACCUGACUGUUGUCAUCUUAUUCUAUGGUUCAGCCCUUUUUAUGUACAUGAAGCCCAAGUCAAAAGACACAAAGACAUCUGAUGAGAUCAUUGUGUUGUUUUAUGGAGUAGUGACCCCAAUGAUGAACCCAAUCAUUUAUAGCCUGAGGAAUAAGGAAGUGAAAGAAGCUGUGAAGAACAUUCUGAGCAAACACCUUCACUUACAGAAAAUAUGA